AUUUACUCCGUUUUAACGACGCUCCAUAAAUAUGCACUCUCGCAGACCUCAGACAUCGCCUGCAGCAGAAAAUCAUAUGCGUGCAAACAUAAGAACGUGAAAUAUUCUGCGUGCUCGCUAUUAUUACAGGGCAAAUCAUACAAUUGAAAGUGCAAGUUGGAUUUAAUAUUGUCGUAUUUUGACAAUUGAUUGUAGAAUUAGCAGUCAGACUGGUAUUAUUCAAAAGACUUUCAGCAUAUCUGUGGGAUUAUUUAUUUGUGGAUAUUGUUGAUGACGACUAACGACACGGGGAACUAUGUAAAGGUUUUCCAGGUUCCUGACGCACCCAAGGCCGUUUAAUCCCCUUUCAUCUUCAGUUAUGAAGUCUGUACUGGAUGGCGUGGCAGACACCACUUUCAGGACAAUUACCUCUGGGCUGCAGUACCUUGGCUCUAAUGAUGCCAGUUAUGACGACCCAACCACAGAUGCCGACCUCACAAAGGGAAGAUUUUCCCUGCAGAAGCCAUUGUCGGCAUUUCGCAGCAAUUCCUUCCCAGAUAAAGUGCAACCAAAUGAGGAACUCAUCUUUAAAAGUUUGAACUUUUACCCCACAAACUCCUCUGACCUGUUUGGUAACAAGAGCUCAAUGGGGAAUGAAGGCAGCACUAUUGAGUGUGGAGAGAAUUUCAUGGACAUGGAGUGCUUCAUGAUUUUGACACCUAGCCAGCAGCUGGCAGUGACUGUCAUGUCCCUUACUCUGGGAACCUUCACUGUGUUGGAAAACCUGCUGGUCCUAUGUGUGAUCUUGCAGUCUCGCACUCUGCGCUGCAGGCCCUCCUACCACUUCAUUGGCAGCCUCGCUGUGGCAGACCUACUGGGUAGUGUCAUCUUUGUCUACAGCUUUUUAGACUUUCACGUCUUUCACCGGAAGGACAGCCCAAAUGUUUUUCUCUUUAAAUUAGGUGGGGUGACUGCCUCAUUCACAGCCUCAGUGGGAAGCCUCUUUCUCACAGCCAUAGAUCGGUACAUUUCCAUACAUCGGCCAUUGGCAUACCGUCGCAUUGUUACCCGCACCAAGGCUGUGAUUGCUUUCUGCAUGAUGUGGGCUAUCUCCAUUAUCAUUGCAGUGCUUCCUCUGCUUGGCUGGAACUGCAAGCGUCUCAACUCUGUUUGCUCAGACAUCUUCCCACUAAUUGAUGAGAACUACCUAAUGUUUUGGAUUGGUGUGACCAGUGUAUUGGUGCUCUUCAUCAUUUAUGCCUACAUGUACAUCCUGUGGAGGGCACACCACCAUGCUGUGCGAAUGCUGAGUCGGACCUCUCAGAAGAGCUUGGUGGUGUAUUCAGCUGACGGAACUAAAGUGCAGACCACACGCCCAGAGCAGACCCGCAUGGACAUCCGCUUGGCUAAGACAUUGUUGCUCAUCCUAGUGGUGCUGGUCAUUUGUUGGGGGCCUCUGCUAGCCAUUAUGGUCUAUGACCUCUUCUGGAGGAUGGACGAUUCCAUCAAAACAAUAUUUGCCUUCUGUAGCAUGCUCACCCUCCUCAAUUCCACAGUCAACCCAAUCAUCUAUGCCCUUAGGAGCAAAGACAUGCGCCGUGCUUUCCUGAGCACCUGUCAAGCAUGCAAAGGCAGUGCCCAACAGUUAGAUAACAGUCUGGAGUCAGACUGCCAGAAUAGACAUCCCCAUAUUGCUGCCAAUCGAGCUGCUGAGAGUUGUGUGAAGACCACUGUGAAAAUAGCCAAAGUAACAAUGUCUGUCUCAACAGAGACAUCUGCCGAUGCUGUGUGAGCACCCAUAAUAUGAUACAGUGUUUAAAGCGCCAAGCAAUCACCAAUCUUAAAGAAUGGAACUUUGGUCUUAAAAGUGAAGUUUAUGGCACCAUGGUAUCAUGAAGAUAGACUGAAUAAGUUAGCAUCAUUUCAGAAACUCAUAACUUCUUGUUGUUUCUUGUUAAACCUCACUCUAUGUGUUGGCAACUUUUGCCCUUCCGUUCAUGAAUUGUAUUUUUCUACAUUAAAAUCAGGUUCUUGAACAGUUGUUUCUUCUAUCAUGGGAAUAAGGGGCUACUGAAUUUUAUGUUAAAAUAAUCUCAGUGAGAGAACUAACAUUUUUCAUGUAAUCAUGAAUUCUAUAGAAUCUCAUGCCUCAUCAAAUAUAGCCAAGCUUUUUCUGACCAAAUGUUUGUCUUGCACUUAAGAACAGAAGUAUUUUUUCUUUAAAUAUCCUUUUGCAGUUGGAUAUUAUUUGUCCUUUUCGUAUUCAUAUUUUGUGUAUUGAAGAAUCAUGUUGAGUGUUUGAUGUAUGUAUAUUUGAGUAGAUUGUAAAAACACUUACUCAUGCCUUCUGUUAUACUUUAAACUCAAAUACUCUAUCGUCACAAUGGCCCAAAACAAGACAAAAAAAACCCCAUAUCAGACAAACUUCAUUUUAUUGUGUACAAUUCUGUCGUAUAGCUCUAGAGUGACGCCUAGAGUUUAAAGUAGGCAAACCCCAGCGUUUGAACUAGUUCAUGACUGCUACUCUGAGCUGUGGGAUUCUAGUAUAGAACCUUCAAGUAUACUGCAAAAUGUUAUCUUUCAAAGGGCCAUGUAAACACGCACCAUAGCGUGUUUACCAUAGCUAAAGAAGAUCAUUGAAUUUAUCUUCCAAAAGAUAAAACAAUCAGCUAUACUAUACUAAUCUAUAUGUAAAUAUUCUAAGUAUGUGAAUGACUUAAUACUGGUGUGCAGUCAGAGCUGUGCCCCCACUAUUAUUGUGUAUUUGAAAUGUUCCAGUAUUGCUUUUUCAGAAACAGAGGUGUCAAAACAUUUCAGUGUUCAUUUGACUGUCAGAUCUCAUCGGUUGACACAUAACCACUGUACAAUAUUGAUAAAUGGUCUAGAUACAAUUAAAAACACAAUCAACAUCAAUCUUUGCUCUGCUAUCAGCAAAAACUACAGUGCGCUGGUCACACUACUGUAUAAUACAUUUUGAAAGCACAUUAAAAACUAGGUGAGGCCAUUUGUAAUAAGUGGUAUUCUUCAUAAUGAUUUCCUUGAUACCGCACAAAAAUGGUUUUGAUGUGUUUAGGUAGAAGUGUUUUUAGUGAUGUCUAGAUAUUUCCUGUUGUUCUCUUUACUUAAAACACAAAGGUUUCCCUGCAGCUGGGCUACAGGGUUCUUGCACAAUGUGAACAGUGUCAUUCUAUGUUAUAGAGAUGAGGUUUCUAAAAUAGUUUGGAACUGUAUUGAGAUGGCAUAAUGUUUUUGUUUUUUUAAUAUU